CACCCCCGGCCCUCCCCGCCCGGCUUCCGCGCCGUGUCAGACUGUGGCGGCGGGCGGCGCGGCGCGCUCUUCCUCGGCUGCACCCCGGCGAGCGGUCGCGCGUGGCACACCCCCACGUCCCUGCCGGCGCCGCUACUAAGCCCGCGCUCCGCCCUGCCCGCCUCGGCCGUUCUCCCACCCGCAGCAACAUGGCACAAGCGCCGGCGUGCUGCCCUGGCCCCCGGGGCUCCGGGGAUGGCGACGUGGGCAAGUCCAGGAAGGUGGCGCUUAUCACCGGCAUCACCGGGCAGGAUGGUUCUUACUUGGCUGAGUUCCUGCUGGAGAAAGGCUAUGAGGUGCAUGGAAUUGUUCGGAGAUCCAGUUCAUUUAAUACAGGUCGAAUUGAACAUCUGUAUAAGAAUCCCCAGGCGCAUAUUGAAGGAAACAUGAAGCUGCACUACGGUGAUCUCACUGACAGUACCUGCCUUGUGAAGAUCAUCAAUGAAGUGAAACCCACGGAGAUCUACAACCUCGGAGCCCAGAGCCACGUCAAAAUUUCCUUUGACUUGGCCGAGUACACUGCAGAUGUUGAUGGCGUAGGAACUCUGCGGCUUCUGGAUGCAGUGAAGACCUGUGGCCUUACCAACUCUGUGAAGUUCUACCAGGCUUCCACAAGUGAACUUUAUGGGAAGGUGCAAGAGAUUCCCCAGAAGGAGACCACCCCUUUCUAUCCGCGGUCACCCUAUGGGGCAGCGAAACUCUAUGCCUAUUGGAUUGUGGUGAAUUUCCGGGAGGCAUAUAACCUUUUUGCAGUGAACGGCAUUCUUUUCAAUCAUGAGAGUCCCAGAAGAGGAGCUAAUUUUGUUACUCGAAAAAUUAGCCGGUCGGUAGCUAAGAUUUACCUGGGACAACUGGAUUGCUUCAGUUUGGGAAAUCUGGAUGCCAAACGAGACUGGGGCCAUGCUAAGGACUACGUGGAGGAAGGAAGAAAGCUCCCGGGAACAGCCUUGGCCAUCUGGACAAAGCCAGCUCAGGUCUCUUGGAGGAGGGCUUUCAUGGCUAUGUGGCUGAUGCUGCAAAAUGACGAGCCCGAGGACUUCGUCAUCGCUACCGGGGAGGUCCACAGCGUCCGCGAGUUUGUGGAGAAAUCGUUUAUGCACAUCGGCAAGACCAUUGUAUGGGAAGGAAAGCAUGAAAAUGAAGUGGGCAGAUGUAAAGAGACCGGCAAAAUUCACGUGAAGGUGGAUCUCAAAUACUACCGACCGACUGAAGUGGACUUUCUGCAGGGAGACUGCACCAAAGCGAGGCAGAAGCUGAACUGGAAGCCGCGGGUGGCCUUUGAUGAGCUGGUGCGGGAGAUGGUGCAGGCCGAUGUGGAGCUCAUGAGGACCAACCCCAACGCCUGAACGCCCGCGCUUGGGAGCCUCGCCGCUGCUGCUGUCCCCGCGCUGGCCGGAGCGGAACUCCGAGGUUUGUGGCAGCCGGGACUGCAGUGCAGGGCGCCCCUCAGACGCGCUUUUGUCAGAUGCCUCUGCUGAGCGGUUUUGUGAAAUCAAGACAUUUUAAUCACAUUCACUUUACUUGAAAUUAUGUCACUUGGAGAAAUUUUGGGGCCUUCAAAUUGUUUUUCUUUCUUAUUAAAAACGAUCUUUCUACGAACUAGCA